GGCGUGGCUGUGCUUUGGAAUGGAGAAUCACCUGCUCUGUUGAUGGAGGGAAUCGACAAGAGAAUGACAGUACACUAUCAGGAUCUGUGAAUCUUAAACAACGUGAAUACCAGCAUGAUUUACGUAGAUUAAGGAGUAACUAUGGCAAAAUCAGGUGUAUGUUGUGGGCGCCUGAAGGAGCCCAAAGCCCUGAUGAAGUUUGGCCUGAGUGUGGUGCUCAUAGGUCACGUGAACUUCCUGCUGGCGGCGUUGGUCCAUGGCGCCGUGCUGCGGCACAUCAACCUGAACCCAACGGCGCGAGGUAUGGAGUACGCCAUCUCUAAUGUCCUCGCCAUGGUGGCGGGACUAGUGGGUGUCAUCAUUGGUAUAAUGGCCAUCGUAUUGUCAAAAAACAACUCUCGCCGAGCGCUUACGUGGGGAUUGUGGGCGCUGAGUUUGGUCUCCGCUCUGCUGGCUGCAGCCUCAGCGAUUGGGUUGCUCGUUUCGACAGUGAGGGCGAUUGUCAAUCGCGGGCGGAGCUUGCUGACUCAUUGUCGUUUCCCAGAUGCGAUUGGCUCCUACUCCUACGUCACAAAUGAGUGCCCCUUUGACCCCACUCGUAUAUAUAGCACCACACUGAUCCUGUGGUUUCCUCUGAUCGGGAUGAGCGUGGUGCAGCUCGUUUACUCCAGCUGGUGCAUGUCUGCCUGCUCGUCGUUCCUGGGCCUCUCCUGCUGCUGUUCCUGCUGCCCUAGACACAAGCCACCUCGAGAGAUCACCCGGCCUCAUGUCAGAGGUCAGCACAAUGAGCGUCAGGCACGUCCUGCUGAACAGCACGAGCUCCUCGCGCAGCCACAGCCACCACCGCGUUCCCUCCUCCGCUCCUCAGCACCGACACCGACGCCCUCACAGCCCAACCGCGCCUCCCAGCUCAGCAGAGACAGCUUCUGGAUCUGACGACUCCCACCACAGAAGUCAUGGUGAUCAAACGUGUACAAAGGCAACGUAAAGAUCCGCACACCGAAGAGCUAUAUAUAUAUUUUUUAUUAAGUAACGUUAUAUACGUUAACAUAUACAGUAUAUAUGUUGGGAGCUCUUCAGUGUGUGGGUCGUUCCGUUGCCUUUGAACUAUAAUGUUUCUUUGAUCUCGCACCGGGCAACUUUGUUACGGAGGUGCCUGAUUUUACUUUGUACGAUCAAACCUGUACGGUCAUAUGUUUACAGUCUCAUUUGUUGUUACUCUCAGUCUCUCGCUUUAAACGUCUGCUUUGAGUGAGCGGACAGUGACGGCAUGUAUCACUGUGUUUUCUCUAGGGUUUCUGAUAGGAUGGAGUUGUGAUGUGCCCAAUUCGGUCACCUCAGCUGGCAAAGCGUACAAAAGCCAGGCCAGCUUAUUUUGCUAAGUUUCAUUGACAGUUGCUCAAUUUGAAUAGUUUGCUUGAACUGUCGAAAGAAUAAAUGAUGGUAUAAAUGAAUAAGUGAGAAUUACGGGAAUGAUUGGUGUGUAAGUGAGAGAAAAUGAGUAUGAGUGAGUAGGUAGUGGAUACGUGUUGGAGUGUGUUAGGUAGAAUAAAAAGUGUUUUAUAAUUGAUUGAAGGGCAUGCAUACAUUGUUUGAUGUGAUUUUUUUUUUUUUUAAAUGAGUACUUGUUUUUUCAAUAAAAACAUGAUUGUCCUCUGCAGGAAAGCA